UCGGUAUUUAGCGAGCCCUUGAAGCUCUAUUCACGUGAUCAAAAGUUGCAGAAAUACUUGUUUUGAAGAUUUGAAAGCAUCACUCAACAACAGGACAAGGCGAUAUAUUGAAUUUGGUGUUCAAAACCAGGGAAAAAUUGGAGAUCUGUUUAAGACAUGGUCAGAGGAUCCGUACCAAUGCGAGUCCGGAGGAGACAGUCUGAUGCCAAGUGGAGAGCCAGCGUUGCCAUGUGCUACGAAACACUGAAGACAAUUAUCCCAAACAAUGAGAAAUUGUCCAAAAGGAAAAUAUCCAAGGCAUACAUUUUACAAGAGACAGAAAAGCAUAUUGUGAAUCUAGAGAGGACUUUGCAAGAAAUUCUGGACCAGAAAGUAAAAAUGAAAGACAAGGCAGCUUUGUACAGAACAGAGCAGGGUCUAGUAGAGGCCAACCUAGGGAACCUGAAGAACCAGUUCUCUCUCAAGCAGAAGGAGCUCUACCACCAGAACUACACUCAGCGGAAGAGGAGUCGUUGUAAUGUUCCAUCAGACAUGGAGUCCGGGCUGAUCAGUCUGAGGUCUUCCAUGUGUGACUUUGUGGUGUUACCAACAGAGUGUCUGAAAACUGACCUCCGACAGGUCAAUGUCUCGAAGGUGGAAAAGGAUGCUGUGGUGCCUCUGUCUCUGCCAUCAGACAAGUCAAGUACAGUGGUUGGACCGGAGGUGUCACAGAUCGAGGGUCUCUCCACCUACACCACCGACCCCCGACCCUGUUGUGCUUUUCCCUCGUCCACUCCAGUGGGACCGGAGAGGAACGAGACAUUUCUGUGUACAGGAACUGUGACACACCAGCAGAACAAGAUGUUUGUCCAGAGAAUGGAUCAGGAAGUUCCGCACCACUUCUUCCUGACUCCAAUCAAGUUUCCUGCAAGCAGUACCCAGCCUGCCCAGCACUUCAUCAGCCCACCCCCGGGAAUCAGGACCUUCUGUGGGUUUAACCUGGACCGCACCCCCUCCUCAGAUAGACCACCCAAAUCCAAGUCCCCAUUCAAAAAGGUGAUCAGAAAGAUGCAGUUUGAUAACAAGAGAUUUACACCAGUAAAGAUGGAUGACCUAGGAUUUACACCUGUACAGUUUGACAGUAAAGGCUUUACACCUGUAAAGUUACCUGAACAUGAAGAUCAGGGUGUGCCCGAUUCUCCAUUUACCCUCAUCUCUGGGCGGCUGUGUGAGGAGGAGGGGGAGGGGGAUCUAAGUCUCUCGGACCUCCUUUGUACAGAGAGCAUUGACCAGAUGGACCUAGAGGACCAGCAAGAUAUACCUCAGCAGAACCAGAGUACUCCGAGUCACAGACGAAGCAGGCUGCAUCAGAGGAACAAGGAAGGGAGGGGGAGAGGUCGCAGUAGAAGUAUGUCUGAAGACAAGCGGGAGACCAAGGAGAAGAAAUGUCGACGACAACUAGAGAAGAGUUUUUAUGAUGAAAGAAACCCAGAGGACUUGGAGCUGCAUGGCAUGGAGUCACAGCCAGGAAUGGCCAGGGACUAUCUGUCAUUUUGUCAUUUGGAUGAGAAGAGGUACUCUGUAACUCGGGGGACUGACCAGGGACAGGAAGGUUACGUAAGCAUGGCGACCUUGUUGAACAGCCAAUCAGAGGUCAGCAGCUGGAGCAGUCAGGAGGUCAAUGUCAGCCAGCCUCAAGAUCUGUCGGAGGUCAAUCAAGUGGUUCCAGGGCUGUUCCUGGAUGACCUUUUGAACUCCCCUCCACCCACGGUCCAUUCGCCAUUCCUGCACUACAAAGGGAAACAAGAGGAGCCAUACGAUGACACUGGGUUCUUCACAAUUCCUGAGGACAUCAUCACAGACUACUCAAGGACCGAGCCCUCGUCUUCUCAGGUCGUCCCGGAUUUUGACAGCUUUUCUCACCAACAACACGCUAUGUAUUAAUUGUCUGUACAAGUCCAAAACCAAGAAGUAAUGUGACCAGAUUUUGAUAGCUUUGUAUCAACAACUUGGGAAACAAGAAUUCCUGUUCCAACAGAACAAUGGAUACUGUACAAAGAGGCACAUAUUAGGACUUGAAGAAACUAAGUGAGGAUUGAUACAGUCAAAGCAACAUCAUGCUAAGUCUUUGUUAAAGUAAAUUUUACUGCUUUCAUUAUUUAGAACCUUAGUAGAAUUUUAUAUUACUCUAGCAAAUCCAAGGCAGUUAAAUGUUAAAUAUUACUACAGACUUGAUGAUCUGCACAAACCCUUGUAGGAAUAGCUGUGCCUUAGGUUUUUAUCUGUUUGUAACAUGCUAGUGAUUAUGUAUUUAUAUUUAUGUAUUCCACAUUUAUUCUGUCAGUGAGAGAGGCAGAUUUGACAUUUGAAUGUUUAGCUCACCUGAGGAUAGUCUAGGAUCCAAGCUUGGACAUGGAAUAUCUUUGACCAUGCAUUCAAGGGGAUUAUGAUGAAAUAUGUUACCCAUUCA